AUGGCCGACACUGCAACCCCCGCCGACCAGCCCGACCCCCACACCACCGCCAAACGACGUGUCCGGAAGCGGACCGGCACGACCAGAGAACGCACCGGCUGCGUCACCUGCCGGCGUCGCAAGAAGAAAUGCACCAAUGAAUAUCCCGUCUGCGACCACUGCCGCCGCCUGAACUUUGAGUGCAUCCGCGAGGAGCCUCGUCAACCCGUCGUUGGCAAUGGCAAGCCUGCCCCCGGAGAAGGCUCCGCCAACGGCACACCCGCCGAGCCCGACACCACCGUGGUUCUCGCGACCUCGUCGUCGACCGUGCUGGCCGUGCCCACCUCUACCUGGACCGCCCCGACCCUCUCCUUGGACCCCGUCGCCACCUACCCCGGGACCGCAGGCGACGGGUCUGCCGCAACCAGCCGCAGACUCCUCCUGCGCUAUUACCUUCAGACCCUUUCCACCCUUCUAACCAGUACGCUUGAGAAUAAUUGUUUUGCCUCUGUCUUCCUUCCCAUGGCCACCGAGUCGCCCAUGCUGCUCAAUGCCAUCAUCGCUCAUUCUUCUUCUCACUUGUCGUUAAGAGACAAGUCGUACGAAGUCCUUGCAUUGCAGAGCCGGAGCAAUGCCUUGAGUUCUCUUGCCUCUUCUCUUUCUUCUACCGACCGAGACCCCGAGCUCGACUUGUCUUGCUGCCUGGUUUUGUGCUCCAUGGAGUCCAUUCUCGGUGACACCAGCAAGUGGUACAACCACCUGGUCGGAGCGUCCCAGAUAAUACGCGCCACCUCGGGCACCAUGUAUGAGGAUGGCCAGCUCAGCUCAGACCAGCUGGCCCAAUUCUUCAACACUUUUGAAGGUCGGUGGUUGAAGCGCAACUUUGCUUAUCACGAUGCCCUGCAUACCGUCACCAUGAACGCUCGCCCACUCAUCUCGGGCUACUACUGGCAAGCAGCGGAUGAUGAGGCGGCGGAUUCUUAUUUUGGCCUGGCAUCCAGAAUAAUCUAUCUCGUCUCAGAAAUCAGUGUUCUCAACGCCGACAUGGCCGAGGCCGCUGCAGCCUUUGCCCACGAGGCCUCCAAGUCCCCCUCUCCGACCUCGUCAUGCACAACCGCGACAUCCCCAACCGUGGUUGGGGAAGACGAAGCAAAGAUAUUGGAGGACCCAGAGAUUCAGCACGUCCACCGCUCAGACAUCCCACAGCCCGAGCCCAACGGACAAUCACAAGCCAGGUCCGACUUCUCGAGUAGAGCACAGCACCUGGAAAUCGAACUCCAAGAGUGGACUCCGCCCGAAUGCCAGGACGUUCACCUGAGAGCCAUGGCCGAGACUUACCGCAACGCCGCACUGAUCCACCUCUACCGAGUCCUGCGUCGCCACCUCCCAGACCUCACGCCCGCCCUGAAUCGCAAAAUGGCCACCCCCGUUCAGGGCAUCGUCGAGGCUGUGGAGAAAAUGCCCGUCAGGUGCUUGCCCGAGACGACACUGCUGUUUCCGUUAUUCAUGGCCGGCGGCGAGACGGACCAAGCGGAUCAGAUACGCAUCAUCCGCCAGCGCAUGCUGGACAUUGUCAACUACCGACACUUCCACAACGUCGAGGUGGCCCUCACCGUCCUGGACGAACUGUGGCGGCUACGCGCCGGCAACACCACACCUGGCAAUGGCCAGCGGCGAAUUGACUGGAUCGACGUUCUCGCCCGCCGACGAUGGCGACUGGCGUUGACUUGA